CUCUUCAUUAAAAAGAUGAGCCUCAUUAUAAUUUCCUCUUUUUUUAGGCUGCAGUUUGCAGCGUUUCCUAGUCCUGAUCCUCAGGGGAACUGCCCUGCAGAUCUUGGAUGUUUCUCCACCUCAACACACCUGCUUUAAAUUGAUGCCUAAUCAACCCGCUUCUGCAGAACCUGAUAACAAAGCGUAUCAUCAGUUUAUUCUUUCUGGUUUCAUGCAGGGUGUUUUUUUUUUUCUCCAUGCUAUGCAAAAACUUCAUCCCACCGUCUGCUUCUCUUCCUGCGUGUGUCCCAAAUAAGAGAGUCAGACCUUCAAAAUGCCUGCAGACUACAAUGGAACAUGGGAUAUGGUCAGCAAUGAAAAUUUGGAUGGUUACAUGGUUGCACUUGACAUCAACUUUGCAACACGCAAGAUCGCCUCCAUGCUGAAGCCUCAGAAGGUGAUCAAACAAGAUGGAGAUUCUUUCACCUUCCAGACCAUCUCCUCUGUGUUAACUUACAAAAGUUCCUUCACAGUCGGGGAGGAGUUCGAAGAGGUGACCAAGGGAAUGGACAACCGCAAGUGCCAGUCUGUGGUCAACUGGGACGGUGACAAGCUGGUGUGUGUUCAGAAAGGAGAGAAGAGAAACAGGGGCUGGACUCACUGGAUUCAGGGAGAUGAGCUUCAUCUGGAGCUAACCUGUGACGGUCACGUUUGCAAGCAAGUCUUUAAAAGGAGGACAUAGCCCCGCCUUUACAGUUAAUGCAAUACUCAUGCAUGUUUUCAUCAGGAGAUGUGUGCAUAAUAAAAAGUAUAUCCGUAA